AUGUCACGCUUACCGGGAAACUUAGAACAAUUAAAUAAUGACAACAAUACAGUAGAUACCGCCGAUAUAUUCGAGUUAAAACGAUUAGAAGCGUUACAAAUAAAUAUUUCUCGAUUGGCCGCCGAAACAAAGAAAGACAAAAAUCUAAAUAUCCUAUUACAAGCAUUGACUAUCGGGAAUACCUUAAACAAAAAGUUACGCUGGAACAUACCUCAAGAAGAAUUUUCCUUACAAAAUGGAUGCAUAGUGCGUGGUUGGCGGGUAAUCGUGCCUCAGACCAUGCAACGCGAAAUACUGACUGAAUUGCACACCGGAUAUUUCGGUAUUAAGCGAAUGAAACAGCUGGCGCAUAAUUACUGUUGGUGGAAUGGCAUUGAUACGGACAUUACCACAAUCUCUCAAAACUGUGUAAAUUGUUUACAAUUAAGCAAAAAUCCACCAAAAGUAAAUACGUGCAAAUGGCCAAAGUCGAAGGCGCCAUUCGAAAGAGUACAUAUCGAUUAUGCGGGUCCAAUGAAUAAUAACCACUUUUUCAUACUCAUCGUCAGAGACUCAUACACGAGAUGGCCAGAAGUAUACGCGACAAAAGAUAUGACGACAAAAACUACGAUUAGAAUAUUGCGGGAAAUAUUUGCGAGAUUCGGAAUACCAAAAGUACUUGUAAGCGACAAUGGUCGCCAAUUCAUUGCCCAUGAAUUCCAACAAUUUUUGAAGAAAAGCUUAGCGAAAAGAUACGUGCUGUUACGAGCCGGAGGGGGCGGCUGUGUAGCCGGAGCUUAA